CUCAUACAAAACUUAGCAAAAAUGCCAGGUAAAACUACUCAAACCUCAAGCUCCCGAAAAUUAGGUAAAAUUUGUACAGCUUGUAAUCGUGAGGAGCCUGAUACAUGUGGACCUACUAAACAAUUUAUUACGAAAAGAAAAUCAGCAGCAUCUAGUAAACCCACAAAACCAACUGCUUCGAAGAAAACAUCGACUAAAAAACCUGUAUCUCCAAAGAAAACUAGCAAAAAGUCUGCAUCCGUAGCUAAAACGGUUCCUAAACUAAAAAAGACUGUUGCAAGAAAGAAAACUCCUUGUGACAUGGGAAAAUGUGGGGACUACAGUUCUGAUUGCUCUUCACAUUCCUCAGAUUGCAGCUGCAGUAGUUGCUGUUCUUCAGAUGGGAGCACCAGUGAAUAUGAAUGCUACAACGGUAAAUGCAAAAAGUGUUAAUAACCUAUUGAUUUGUUAGAUGUAUUUAGUUAAUAUUUUGUGAUUAGUUCAAUUUAUUCCAUGUAUUUGAUUCAAUUUUUUGUAUGAAAUUCAUCAAACUAUUGUUUUAGUGUUGACAUUUAUUAUUUUUUAUUGAGUUGGUAUUGACAAUUAGAACAAAGAUCAUUAAAAAACAGUUAAUACAAAUUAAUCUUUUGGAACUGG